AUAGAUUAAAGGCGAAGGGAGUCGAAUAGAGGAGGGUGCAGGUGUCCAUGGCAGGGUAGGCUGCAGUUCUUGGCCAAACUCUUCUCUUUCCUUCACCCAGAAAAAAGAGAACAGGAAAAGAAAACUCAAAAUUCAAAUAUCAUGAUUCGGUAGCUUCCUUUCCGAAAACACAAUUGGGUUCCUUCCCCCACCUUCCUUCUUUCUUUUGCAGUUUCCCUCUUUUCCACUCACUCGCCGUAGCAAACCCGGUCCUCCUUAUCCCCUUUGCCCACCCCCCUUGCUCUCCCGUAUCCCACUAAAAGGUCCCUCCACUCUUUCUUUUAUAAAGUCCAUCGUUUUAGUGCACAUAGAAGAGAAGGAUGAUGCGAGGUGAUCGAGGGGAGUUGGGGAUGGAGAUGGGACUAAGAGGAGGAGGAGGAGGAGGAGGAGGAGGAGGAGGGGAGUGUUCAUCGUCGUCUGUAGCAGCGGCAGCGGCGGCGGCGGAGGAGGAGCAGCGGCAGCUGCUGAAGGCGGAGAUCGCGGUGCACCCGUUGUGGGAGCAGGUGGUGAGCGCCCACGUGGGGUGCCUCCGGGUGGCCACACCAAUCGACCACCUCCCCCUCAUCGACGCCCAGGUUGCCGGUUCCCACCACCUCCUCCGCUCCUACGCCGGCCGCCACCGCCCCUUCCUCUCCCCCCAGGACAAGCACGACCUCGACGCCUUCCUCGCACAGUAUCUAUUGGUGCUGUGCUCUUUUAGAGAGCAGCUCCAGCAGCACGUCCGAGUCCACGCCGUGGAGGCCGUAAUGGCCUGCCGCGAGAUCGAGCAGUCCUUACAAGAUCUCACCGGAGUUACUCUUGAAGAAGGAGGAGGAGCAACAAUGUCUGAUGAUGAGGAUGAGCAUCAUUUGGAUUGUCCUUUAGAUAUGAGUGUUGAUGGGCAUGACAUGAUGGGAUUUGGUCCGCUUCUUCCUACUGAAUCAGAGCGAUCCCUAAUGGAGAGAGUGAGACAAGAACUGAAGAUUGAACUAAAACAGGGUUUUAGAUCGAAAAUUGAAGAUGUAAGAGAGGAGAUACUAAGAAAAAGAAGGGCAGGGAAGUUGCCCGGCGACACGACUUCUUUAUUGAAGCAAUGGUGGCAGCAACAUUCUAAAUGGCCAUACCCAACAGAAGAUGACAAAGCAAAACUUGUCGAGGAGACUGGCUUGCAGUUAAAACAAAUUAACAAUUGGUUCAUCAACCAAAGAAAGCGUAACUGGCACAAUAACUCACAGUCGGCGACAACUCUGAAGUCCAAGCGUAAAAGGUAAAAGGCUACCGGUGACUUAAGCAAACUAAUUAACCAAGGAGCAAAGGAAGCAAUAGUGACUUCAAUCUUGUUUUUCUGGGGGCAUACCAUUGUAUUUUAAUGAUUGACUACUCGUAGAUGAACUGAAAUUGUUUCAUAACAUGGUGUGUAUGUGUCAUUAAAUUUUAGACUAUUGGUGUUUUUUGUCUCUAAAUCUCAAUUAUGCUAUGAGAUUUGCAGAUAGCGUCUGGUUUGUUGAUUGAUGUUCAGUGAUUUGCAUUGCUUCGUAAAUAAAAGUGGUUAGUUUUGAACAA